ACCAGCUUUACGACUGAUUAAUUUUUCCUUCAUUCCACAAAGCAAGCACAGUUGAUGAAGAUAUAUUUGGGGGACAUAAAAGUGCGACAAGAAAGACGAAACAUGAACUGUGGCACCCAAAUUCGACCACAGGAAGUCAUUCUUACAUCACGCUCCUUUAACUAAUACAACAAAAACGCCAUUACCCGUGACUAGGGUUGAGCAUCGAUAGGAACCGGGACCAACUGUUAGUUUUUCCCGGAAUCGUUCAACAGCUUUUAUUUCGAGUCCUAGAAUGCCGACCGGAAGAGGAAUCCGCGGCCGAUCUCCGUGGAAAAAAAAAAAAAACGUGAUCUGCAAAUUGUGAUCAUCGCUUUUCAGAGCUGAUCACACCAGCUGUCUGUGCGCAGCACCGAGUCCCCCCUCCCUCCACCCAGAUAUAAACAAAUGCGUCUGCCGACCUUUUACUCCGUAAUGUAAACUUACUCCUGCAGCGUAGAGAAAACUCGUUAAAAAACGUCAACAUGGUGGAUUUAAUGGAAGCUUUAAAGAACAAACUCUGGACGGUGUGAGGUGAGUUUGUCUCACUGCAGAAAUAAAAACACACACGGAGCGUCAGCAGUCAGACGCAGCCGCUCACCAACACUCUGUGUGUGUGUGUAUGUGUGUGUGUGUGUGUGAGCGUCAGAAGGCUGAACAAUAACCUGUAGAAUAAUUAAAGCCAUCAUGCUAGAGCAGCUUCUCUGUGGUGGACCACACCAGCUUCUGCCACGAUAAAUAAUAAUAAUAAUAAUAAAUCACACACAAAGUUGUAAACAUUUUAAUUUCCUUUCUGAACUAUUUCUGUUGAGUUUUAAUGUUUAAACCUGUUAGAUUGUUACUGACAGCAGCUACGUUUCUGUUCUGACUGAAGCUGCUGCAGCAUGGAGGUGUAGUUCUCAGUCAUCCUGGACAUGAUCAUCCUGAGAGUUUUAGCUGAAAACAGCUGGACGUUUCUGGAUAUGUUGGAGACAUUUAGCCUCUCAUCCCAGAGGCAUCUUCCAGACUUUGGUUGUGGUCAGAAACAAACACACUGGUUGGGCUGCAAGUCUUUUUCCUUUUUUCUCCAAAACAUGUUUUUGUCUAAAUGAAGGUGAUGUUGUUGUUCAUAGAAUUAAAAAUUCAUGUUAAAGUUGAGAUUAUUUCCUCAAGUAGGACCUGUGGUUAGCUGGCUCAUGUAAAGCAUGUCAUGCCUUGAAAGAAUCGAGAAUCAAUAAGAACCGGAAUCGAAACGAGGAAUUGGAAUUGGAAUCGUUCAUAAUCAAACGAUGCCCAGCCCUACCCGUGACGCUUCUGUGGCCGAGGUAAAAAGAACAGAAAGUAAACAACAGGCCUUUUUGAUAGAUACUGCUGUCUUCCUCCUUGUUUGUUAUUACGUGAACUGCCAAAAUCACACGUGAUCUUGCAGUUCUCCUGUGAGUUUGUGAUCUUGCGUUAGAAUAGAAUAGACUUUAUUGAUCUCACAUUGGGGAAAUUACAGCAGCACCAACACUUAAGAGAAUAAUUUGAAGGACAUUUACAGCUGUGUGGAGCGCUUUUGCUGCAGAUGCUCGUCUGAAAUGCUUCGGACGGGCAGAGACGCGCUGGGAAAAUGUGUCCAUUACAUUACGUGCGGUCAAAAGCUCGGGGUAACUUGACAAAAAUGUCUUGAAUAUUCUCAAGUCUUUUUAAGUGGGCGACUUCCUAUUUUUUAGUCUACUUUUUAUUUUAUUUUUUAAACAAAAACACUCACAAAUUUAGUUUCAUGCUGAUCAUAUUAGAUCAGGAGGUGUCUUCGGUCUGGUCCAAGAUGGUUUACAUGCCUUAAUGUGCUCUAAGCAACCAAAUCUGAACCCUCGAACCAUCCUGAGUUAGUUCAAAAGGUUCUUUAUUAUUAUUAUUAUUAUUAUGGUUAUUAUUAGGGUCGUCACGAUACUAAAAUUUCAAACUCGAUUCGAUACUUGAAUAAAUACUCGAUUUCGAUACUAUUUAAAAACACCAAUUUAUUGAACAAGUUUAUUCAUAAAAUAACAUUCCUCAAUUCAUAUUGCAAAAAUUAAAUGUUAAGAAUUAAGUGUAUAAAGUGCUUAAACCUGUCAAGUAUCGGCAUUUUUUUAAAACGUGCAUACAAAAACUGGCGAAAGUUAACACUUUAAAUCAUGAAUUGUCUCACUGUAUAUACAUUAUUUGCAGAGUGAUGUUUUGCUGCUUAAACUCUGUUUAAGUUGCAUUUUUGUCAUAAGAUGUAAUGCCAUAUGUUUUGUUCUGUACUUUUGAGCAACUCUGUUGGUCAAUAAAGGGAGAAAACGAAUUUUUCCACAGUAGGACAAAGGUACAUCUAAUCUUAAUAAAAACAGAUUGGCGCACGGCAGUGACAUCAUUAAAAAAUGGGAAAUUGCAAUGUAGCCAUGCGGCGUCUUCUUCUUCUGUUUGUCCGGGAGGCGAAGGCUGCUUUACGGCAUCUGGCUGUCGUGCGUGUCGGUGUACUUGAAGAAGGCUGUGUAUAAUAGUCCAUAAUAUCGAUACCACAGGGAUGGAAUAUCUAAUUUAGAUACCACUUUUAGUAUCGAUUUAUAUCUAGUAGGGCUGGGGGUAAACGAUUAUUUUUAAAACGAUUAUUCUGACGAUUAUUUUAUCGAAUAGUCGACUAUUCUAAUGACUAUUUAGAAAAUUAAUCUAAUGAUUAUUUUUCUAUUGCACAAUUAACAAAAACCAGAAAAUCUCAAAUAAAUUCCUCAAAAAAAUUGAUAAAUUCUUACUGUAAGAGAAUAAACACUACAGGCCUUCCAUUUUGUAUAACACUGCGUUUAUUGUGUUGCGGUUGGUUAUGUUCUGGUGACGUGUAGAACUUGGGAGUGCAGGCUGCUGCCUGAGAGGUGGUAGAAGAUGGAGUGUCUCCAUGCUGCUUUGUUUUGGUCACUUAUGUGCCUGAGGCGAGUGGUCUUACGGGUUAAACCAAACUCAGGUGAUAUUUUACACUAAACCGAAAACCCACAACACUCUAAAUGUAAUAAAAGGGAGAUCUACACCACAAAAAAGAUGAACUCUAAACCAAAACAUAACAGCUUAUCCAAACGCAAGAAGCUGUUAGCGAAGAUGCUAACAGUAGCUUUACCAACGUUAAGUUCAAGUUACCAAGUUUAAAUAAACCAAAAACACCCAGCAGCAAACAGACCAGCACGGAGGAGAGACUGCUACCACCAAAACAGCUCUCCUCAUGUCUGAAAGAAGCUCCUUAAUGAAGGGAGAAGCGCUCCCGGUGAUUUUCUACAUCUGCGAUAGACACGAAGCAGCGCAUCUGACCCCGGAAGUUGUUGCCCGUUGCCGGGAGACGAAGGCGGGCAAAACAGGAAAAUAAUCUAGUAGUGGACGGACGUUGUUCCGGGUCUUCGGUAUUUGGCGGAGAUGUUAGUGAAGGCGGAGAAGAGGGCGAACUAGAGGAAAAACAGGCAGAUUCUUCCUCUAUUUACAAAUUCCUGGGGAUGCAACAAGUGGGCGCGGUGCGUCGACUUCCGGAUCUGACGUCGACAAAUUUUUAGAAUCGAGCCGUCGACUUCGUCGAGGCUUCGCUACAGCCCUAAUAUCUAGCAACAUAUAAUAAAUUUAUCCAGGGCCAGUGGAGUCCUGGAGGACGAAGCCGAACAAAUUGGAGUCUCACAGGAUGCAGUCUCACACAUCGAAGUCCACGUGGGACAUCCGUCUCUGCAGAUUAGUAAUGAACUUGACAAUGUUUCAGAGGCCAAGUGGCAGUCGUCGGACCAGCCCAGAAUCCUUUACCAGUGUGGGGAUUGCGACGAACUGUUCAAGAGUCUUGAUAUGUGGCAGCUUCACCGUAAAGAAGGGACAUGCCUCCAGGCGGCGGCUGAGAGCAAGGUAAUGCCAGAUUCACUCGAUGAGCCUGAAACCGCAGAUGAAAGCUUGGCGAUGUCUUUAAAUCCAGAUGAUUCUGCUUUGGUCGAGCCGAUAAGUGGCAGCAAUCUCGUACCUGAGCUGAUGGAAACCCCUCUAAACGCACCAGAAAAGGAGGUUUCACAGAUGUUUCCACCUCCCGGCCCAGACUGUCCUGAAGCUGAAGUGGCAGCUUCAACGUCUUUUUUAGAAGAUUCGUCUCCAAGAAGGAGAGGAGUAAACAAAAAGCCUAAACCUGAAGCGGUGCUGCUGUGUGUGGACUGCGGCUUGUGUUUCGGGAUGGUUUCUGAGCUCGUCACCCACCGCAAGACUCAACACGGCUUUGAGGAAGCCCUGCACCGCUGCACCGUGUGUGGAGAAAGCUUCUUGAAUACCACACUCUUCCUCUAUCACCGCAAACAACAUCGACAGAAAGGCGAGGAAACGGUGGUGAUGGUUUCUGAGGUAUAUAGCCAGAAAAACCGAAACGACACGCAGCCUUCACCCGGCGCCAUGACCUCCACCUUUACACAACCCGAGCUGUACUUCUGCACUCUCUGUGGGACGGACUUCAGCGACGACAGAGCGCUGGCUGCACACCGUAAACAGAAGCACAACCUGGAUAAACACCUCCACUGUUGUUCCUACUGCGGCGAGACCUUCAUGAACACCACUCAGUACCUAUACCAUUGGCGCCAUCACCGCUUCACGACCAGGACAGAGGUGACGGAUGGGGCGGCGACUGUGGAUGCAGUAACUACCAGUGAGUGCGAAGAUGCAACAAAAACCGCAAAAGGGCUGCUGUCUCCCUCUGCUGGUGAAUUUGUGUCCUCCAUUCCUAAAAGAGGCAAGCCAGCUUUCAGGAUCGUGAGCGCCAACCCCCUGGAAGGAAACAAAAGUUCAGGCUCUAAAGAUGAAUCGGAGGGUGGCACUUCAGCCGAUCCGGACAACCUCAACCACCCCCCGCCUGCCAAGCUGCUGCAGGACUGGGCCCGGACACCACUCCCCCACGUUUGCCCCUAUUGUGGCAAAACCUUCACCCGACGGGUCUUCCUCCGCACGCACGUCUUCAGCCACACCGGAGAAAAACUCUUCACAUGCAAGGUGUGCUCAAAGUCGUUCACCAACUCCCAGAGUCUGCUGCGACACAGCAUGAACCACACAGGCACCAGGCCCUUCUGCUGUGACGUUUGUGGUAAAAGCUUCUCCCAGGCCGCCACUCUGAAACGACAUCAACGCAUUCACACGUCCACGGAGCCGCCGCGCAAGAGGGGACGCAAACCGGUGUACAAUCUGGACAUUGAAGGAGCUGCUCAUGUCUACUCGUGUCCCAGCUGUCCUUCACGAUUCAGCAACGAGGAGCAGCUCAACCAUCACAAAUUGCUGCACACCAGUCACCCGUUCCCCUGUCCAGAGUGUGGAGAACCCUUCAAACGGAGGAAAGACCUGGACCUGCAUUCCCUCGUGCAUCAAGACAAGCAGCCAGCCACAUGUCCCAACUGUUCGUCUCAGUUCAUUAACCAGUCGGUGCUGGAGAUCCACAUGCAGCGCUGUCCCGUUGCAGAGGAAGAGAGGAACGUCGGCCGUGGACGGGGACAGGGCCGUGGACGUUCCACUGGACAGGUCGAGUGUGACCUUUGUGGUCACCGCUGCAUGACCCAGGAGGGCCUGGACCUCCACCGGUUGUCCCACACGGGCCAGACGCCUCUCAAAUGCCCAGUGAGGCCCUGCCGCCGCCGAUUUACCUGCAACAGCACCCUGGAGGAACACGUGCUGGCUCACUUCCAAGGGACGCUCUCCAAGUCCAAAAGCCGGCCCCGCUUCCGCUGUAAGGUCUGCCUGAAGGAGUUUGCCUACAAUUCCACCUUCCUUGUCCACAUGAGGACACAUACCGAUGAGAGGCCCUUUGAGUGCUCCACAUGUGGGAAGCGUUUCCGCCAGCUGCCCCACCUGCAGGACCAUGAGCGGAUCCACUCUGGUCUGCGACCUUUCUGCUGCUGGAUCUGUGGGAAGAGCUUCAGCGUUGCCGCCCGGCUCACCGAGCACGCGCGCACCCACAGCGGUGAGAAGCCCUACCCGUGUCCUCACUGCGCCGCCGCCUUUCGUUCCCGCCCCAACCUGGAUAAACACAUGCGGAUGCACAGGGACAUUCCUCCAGAAACCAUCGAGCAGGUGGCCCAGGCCGCUGAGGAGGCCCACGUGCAGAAGGUGCUGGAGGGGGCCAAGGUACUGUCUUCUCUGGCCGCCUCAGAGGAGAUGGAUUCCGGCACCGUGCAGACCAUCUACGUACUGCAGGAAGGCGAUGCCGGCACGGAGACGGUGAUGAUCCCGUCGGAUCAUCUCAGCAGCUUGGAGGGGACCUCGCAGGUCGUCAUCCUGCCCUCCUCAGUCCUGGGAGCUCAGGGCAUAGGCGUGCCCACCAUCUCCAUCGAGGACAACGAAAUCACCAUGGUGGAAACGAGUCAGUCACCACAACACGCCAUCGAGUUCAUCGUAGAGGAGACGGUGUGAAGGUGCUCCAGUAACAACACUAACUCUAGCACUGGAUCAGAAGGACUACCUUUUAGUUUCCUUCAUCCUUUCAUCAAUUUUGCAGCAAUGCCAAAAAAACUACCUAAAGUUUUACGUGCUAAAAAAAACUUUAGGUUUUUAUUUAGUUGAUGUAUUAAAAUGAGAUACUAAUAAAGUUGGCCCUUGGGUAUUUACCAGUGUUUGUGCAGCCCCCGUUUGUGUGGGAAACACUCGGGUCGGCUUUCCAGAUAAUAAAACGCUUCGGCUCUCA